AUGAGCAGCACACCAUUUCAAACCGUGACCAUUUUAAGCGAUGGAUCUUUUAAAGUAAAGGUUCUUCGAAGGAAGCCUGAAAACGAAAAUAAGAAUGCCACUUUAUUGGCCUCCAAAGGUGCGGAAAUUAAGCUGCCCAAUCCCCCGUUAUUAGUUGCUGCCAAAGAAGCGAACGUGAAGAGGUUCAUUCCAUCCGAGUUUGGUUCCAAAUGGGAGGUUAUUGAGGAUAGGGAAAUGGCACAGCGACUCCAAAACAAGGAUGAUUCAGUUCCCUCCACGCUAGAUGAAUUUAAAUUCCUUAUUCAAAAAUAUGGGUCGCUUGAUAGGGUAGAUAAUGAUAAGUUCAGCUUUAAAUCCCGACCCAUUUCCGAGGUCACCGAUUCACUUGUAAAACAAGC